AUGUCUACUCUGCCAGAAGAUAAGAAUUGGUAUUUACGGGCCCCAAGCCUCGAUUACCCUGACGGCGGGCCGAUCAGAAUCGGUAAUAUCAUCACCAACGUCGCGGAGCCACAGAACGACAUUGCGAAUCUCGAUGGUCAGCUGAAAAUUAUCCCUGGGAUCAGCUAUGGCAAAGGCCAGAAAGACCGCGAAAUCCACUCCUCAGCAGCCAUCAAGCUCGCUACUAAACUGUAUACCGCCUUCGGCGGGCAAGCAGAUGCACAACGAAGCAAAGACUGGAAGACGACAUACAAAUUCGACCGGAUUGACUCUGUUAUGCUGGCGAGGAACCCAAGAGUGGAACAGGUGCAAGAACUGCGUUCAACGAACAAGGCAGUCCGAGACGCGCUCACGAAAGGUCCUAUAUACAUCAUAAGUUCUCUGAAGUUGGCCAACGGGCUGAAGUAUGCAAAUGAACACAUGAGAGACAAAGAAGCUGGAAUGGGAGGACAGGCACACGUUACGCAGGAAGCAACUUUUGAGGGCGACGUCAAAGGAAGCAAGAGUGGGAAAACCAGCGAGACAUAUAACAUGAUGGGUAACGUGAUCUUAGCCUACAAGCUACAAAUCGUCAAGACCAAGGGAUGGAAGUGGAAAGGUGAAGUGGACUUGUCGACCGGGACAUAUGAUCCGGGGCGUGCGGGCUUCAUGAGCAAAGAGGGGGAACUACUUGAGGAACCUUUGGAAUGCGAUUUGCUAUCGCCACGAGACAUUGGCUUCAUUGCGCGAGAAGAGGAGUAUGAAAGUGUCCAGGACCAUGAAAUGGAAAACGAGGAAGACGACUGGUGGAUGACCUGUAUUGAAGCCUAG